AGCAUGAGAUCUAAUCAUGUCAACAGAGAGGUCUUACCUGAGGAUCACCCGCCACAUGUGCAGGAGGACAGCAGUAAAGUAACAGGUCAGACCAGUUUAUACGAUUCCAGUGUUGCCAGUUCCACGAUAACACCAGUGGAUGGUGCUGUAGAUCUACGGGAGGAGGAAAUGGAGGCUUCUGUCUUUGGACUGCAUUUUGCUCUGGAUCAUCUUGAUGCUUCAACUGCCCCACCAUCUCUCCAUCUUUCCGACUCCUCUUUAACUGUCACCUACCACGAAGAGAAUCCCCCUCUACCAGCUCCAGAAGGCAAAAUCAGAAGACCUGUGAUGACCUCUGACCCAGGGGUUCUCCAUCAUAUUCGUGCUGAUGUAGUAAUUGCACGGGGGCAGUACUACUGGGAGGUGGAAGUGUGUAAUAGCUCCAUCUACAAGAUCGGUGUGAUCUCAGUGGAUGGUUCUAAUGGCUGGUGGCUUGAGAGGCACAGCUUGACUUUUUGGGCAGUGUAUGAUGGGAACUGUGAGCUACUUUGUACCAUCCCACCUCAGAUCAAAACCAUUGGGAUCUUCCUAAACAUUGGAGGAGGGACCCUAAGCUUCCACAACCCUCUAACCCAGGAGCAUCUCACCACACUGCCAACACGUUUCAGCACUGCUGGAGUGGUCCCAGCAAUGGGACUGGGCCAGGGCAGACUGAGACUGCGCUGUGGCCUACCCCCGCCUGUUUACGUAUUUCUUAGUAAGAGCUCAACCUACAGGGAGCCUCAUGGAAACAGCAGAAGUGAGUGGCACCAAGAGGUUCCCUUUCAGUCGGUUAGGAAAGUGAUCCAGAAGUUUGAGAAGCUGGCACUUUCUGACUCAGACUCAGGUCUGGUGUCCAGUUUUGGAUCAUCAUGCUCCACCUUGGCUUCCUUUCCAGAUGUGGGGGUUCCUGGGACCUUGCAGUCAGGGAAAGCAGGACAGGAAACUGAGCCCUAA